UAUUUGCCAGAAGUGAUUCCUUCAACAACAUUGAUUUCCCUUAAUAGACCUGCAUAAUAUUUGAAUGAUUUGGAACUGCCUUACAUUUUCACAUACUAAUGUGGAAAUAUAUGCUGCAAAACAGCUCUUCAGAUGUUUUAGGAAAGGUCUUCAGGACUUAUUUAUCAACGUAUGAUUAGGCGUACAACGACAGGCUAUAGAUUUUCAAAAAUUACAGUGACUGAACGGACAACCUAGAUGUUCACAUGUGACUUGGCGAGGAUUUCUUUUAUAUCACAAAUAAGACGUGAGCGUUGUCCUUUAAGUUACACCGACAGCUAGCUGGGCGUAUUUUAUCACCCCGGAAAGAUGGCGGUAGAAAGAGUGUAUGACAGAAACCGGUGCAGAUACACAAUGAGCUUUAACGGACAUAAUUUUAGCAGAGGGCAUAGUAGAUGCAAACGGUUCAGUUAUAGCAUUUUCAGUUUUCUGUCUGUGGUUUUGGGUUUAAUGCACCCUGCGCUGGGUGACGGAAGCACUCUUGUGCUACUGGACAACAUGAAUAUCAAAGAUACUCAUUCGAUAUUCUUCCACAGUUUAUCUGAUCGUGGCUUUGAUUUAACAUUUAAGACCGCAGAUGACCCUGGUCUCUCCCUAAUUAAAUACGGGCAAUUCCUCUAUGAUCAUCUCAUCAUAUUCUCGCCAUCAGUGGAAGAUUUCGGGGGCAACAUAAACGUGGAGACCAUCACUGCCUUCAUUGAUGGAGGAGGAAACGUUCUUGUUGCAGCCAGCUCCGACAUCGGCGACCCCCUGAGAGAACUCGGCAGUGAAUGUGGGAUUGAGUUUGAUGAAGAGAAAACCGCUGUCAUUGACCAUCACAACUAUGAUGUGUCCGACCCAGGAGAGCACACACUGAUUGUUGCUGACCCAGAGAACCUGUUGAAAGCUCCCACCAUAGUAGGCAAGCCUACAGGAAGACCAGUUCUCUUCAAGGGUGUUGGCAUGGUGGCAGACCCUGUUAACCCCCUUGUGCUGGACAUCCUGACCGGCUCUUCCACCUCCUAUUCCUACUUCCCUGACCAUGAUAUCACGCAGUACCCCCAUGCAGUGGGGAAGAAUACACUGCUAAUAGCUGGGCUCCAGGCGAGGAAUAAUGCUCGUGUUGUCUUCUGUGGUUCCCUGGACUUCUUCAGUGACGCCUUCUUCAACUCUCCCAUCCAGAAGGGUGCUCCUGGCUCCCAAAGACACGCACAGACGGGGAACAGGGAGCUGGCAGAGGCGCUGUCUCGCUGGGUGUUUAAGGAGGAAGGUGUCCUGCGAGUGGGGGCUGUCACUCAUCACCGCGUUGGGGAGAGCUCCCCUCCUGCAGCCUACACCAUCACUGACCUCGUGGAGUACAGCAUCGUAAUUGAGAAGCUCUCUGAGGGCCGCUGGGUUCCUUUUGAUGGAGAUGACAUCCAGCUGGAGUUUGUUAGGAUUGACCCUUUCAUCAGGACCUUCCUUAAGAAGAAUGGAGGAAAAUACAGCGUCCAAUUCAAGCUACCCGAUGUCUAUGGUGUGUUUCAGUUCAAGGUUGACUACAACAGGCUAGGCUACACACACCUUUAUUCCUCCACCCAGGUGUCAGUGCGCCCCCUGCAGCACACUCAGUACGAGCGCUUCAUCCCCUCUGCCUACCCGUACUACGCCAGCGUCUUCUCCAUGAUGAUCGGACUCUUCAUCUUCAGCGUCGUCUUCCUCCACAUGAAGGAAAAGGAGAAGGCGGAGUAGUGAGGAACAGCGGGGCACAGAGGGGAGGCAGACUUUCGAAAUGAUUCGGAAGCAAGUGAGUGAACAUGGGGGGAACGGGGCUGGCUUGGAGGAGGGGUUAACCAAAGAGACGUCAGAGGUGAAAUGGACAGAAAAUCGGACAAUGACUCAACGGGGGAUGGCGGAUUGGAAAGGAAAAAAAAAAAACAAUGAUGUUUGGUGGUGAUAUUGGGAUAUAUCUAACAAUGUGUAGAAUGGAAGAAGACCUUGAAAGGGUUGUAUGCAAGCCUGUCGUGGAUAUCAUCAAAUGUUGUCAUAUCCCAUAAUGCACUGCAUAGCACUACUAUUGCACUCUUCAUCUGCUAUAAAUAAAACAGUAGUGGAUGGUUUGGAUUUUUUGAUGUGAAUAUGAACUGUAAUGUAUAAUAGGAAAUGCUUCUUGAAAUGGUUGUGGGUGGCUCUUAUCAUCUUUGACACAUAUGGAGAUGAGUGUGAUCAAAAUCCUGCAUAAUUACUGAUUUCAGCUACUGGUUUUCUAUUGCUGCGUUGAGCUCACUUUCCGUAUAAGCCAGCAUGAAUUAAUUCUUGGCAAGCUGUAUGGUUAUCAUUUGGUUAGUAAUUUAAGUGCUUUUACAGAAUGACAUGCAGUCUGGUUGCAUAAGUGGAACAACACUCAUCCACAUGAAUCACAAUGCCAUAUUGUGUUAUUUACAGGAAAUUUUGCCUCUGUGUGUUUACUGGUUAGUGAAAUGUAACUUUCAAACUAAUUUUUUUAACACAGUUCAAAGAGGAACAGGUGAAAAAAAUGCAACUGGUAUAUCUGGGUAUUGAAAUGUUUUGUAAUUGUUAUUUGAAUGGUUAUCAGAUUAACAC